GUUCUAAGUGGGAGUACGUAUAGAGGUUAAAAAUCACUUCUACUGAUAUCAAAUUUAAGGGUUAUGCAUAUGAGAGGCUUCAACAUUAGGUGUCACAUCAAUCGUCACUCCAUUCAAAAAAAUGUUCCAACAUGCCUAGCAGUCAUUUUGAAAUUAUCAACUGUCACUUUUGCACUAAAAUAUAGUAUUCAAGCAUCAAUGUUAUUACUAUGAAUCUCAACAUCCUUUCUUAACCAGUUCAAAAAAUAAGUAGGG